AUGAAGUCUUCAGUCAUCUUCUGGGCCGUUGCCUCUAUCUCCGCCGCAUUCGCUGCUCCCCUCGAGUCUCCUUCCAACGAAGCUGCUAAGCUCUUUGCCCGCGGUAAACUGUGUCUCUUGGAGGACGGUCUUGCCUGCUACUACGACAACAACGCUUGCUACUGGCACGCGUGCCACAACUGCGAGUGCGACGACAUCUACCUUGGCGCCAAGCUCAUUCGUCGCGACUGCAUCAACUCCAAGGACGCCCCUACUUGCCCCGUUCGCCCUAAGGCGGCCUGA